AUGAGCGAGAAAAAGUUUGAGAUUGCCUUGGAAAGACAGCUGGAGUUAUUUAGAACGGCCACAGACUGGUCAGAUUUAGUAGCAUACUUAACAGGGCUAGAAGGUAUUUUAAGAGUAAAUAAGUACACACGCAUUCCUAAACCGCACAUGUUAUACAGAAGAUUAAACCAAUGUCUUAAUCCUGCGCUCCCAGCAGGUGUUCACAUGAAGGCUCUUGGUGUGUACAAAAUUGUAAUGUCUAAAGUGUCAAAGGAGCAUUUGUUGAAGGAGAUUAACAUUCUUACACUCGGUCUAUUCAGUUUUUAUUCACACGCAAGCCUAACAAGUAUUUCUAGCUACCUAGACGUGAUCAAGCAAAUUAUUGAGGUGCUGGAAGACAAGACCAUAAGAAUAUGCAAAAACCUUAUUCUGGGGGUGAUUAUGGGGCUGGAAGAAGACAACAGCGAGCAAUAUGGAAUGACACUUCGUGUGUUAACCGUGCUAGAAGAGAAAGUAGGAGCGGCGACUGUUCUAGAAAAGACCUGGGAGGUAAUGGGGCAGUGUACAGAGUUAGUUCCAGGGUGUCUAAUGUACAUUUUAAAGAUGGAUGGGGGAUUAGAAAUAAUGAAAAACAAAACAGACCUUUUAAGUAAAGGGUUUGUAUCUGCUUUACAGUCAAAGGAAAUAAUCACUCUUAGAAAAGGAUUUGACCUGCUCCUAAGCUACAAAAACGAUGGGUUAAACAUACAUUUAAACAGCGGCAUGGUUUCUGUUGGGGUUUUAAAGCUUCUUCUUCUAAAGGAGAUAUCUCUACUAAAAAGGGUACAGAUAUGGAUCACCCAUCUAAUAAACCACCCUAGUGGAACAAACCAACUAUUUAUUUCAUUGUGCCAGAUCUUUGAUGAAUCGCCAGCAGCGUACUUCAAAAUACUCAUGGCAAUACGGCAAAAUAUAGAAGAAGCCCCAAAAAUAUUUGAAAGGUCUAUUGUGUGGAUUCUUUCUACGGUAGAUGCAAAGACUAAAAUGCAUGCGCAGUCUUUUUUAAAGAUACUUGACAGAAGAAUUGUUUGGAGAAUUAUUCUAGAAAGGCCUUUAAGCACAGACUUAGUCAACAAAGCAAUAAACUAUGAGCUAAUAGAUGAGCAGACACAGUCAUAUGAGCUGCCCAUUCUUAUUUCAAAGUAUUUACAAAAUGACGUAUAUCCAUAUGAGUGGAUAAGUAUUAUACGCCCCACGCCAGCAGCAUACAAAGAAAUAUGGAGAGACAUUCAAAAACACUUGGAAAGUAGCAAGAAUCCUCUGCAAAUAAUUAUAUUCUUUCUGUCCAUACCGGUGACUACAGACUUACUUAGUACGUAUACAGAAGUGGUUGGGACGGUUAGUAAGAUAUUUGUUAAAUACUGGAGGCAGCAGAAUUUAGGGAAAAAUAUUCAUGCAGAGAUAACAACCGCGCUGACAAAGAUCGUUGUGCACUAUGAGUUGUCGGGCAGUGACUCUAUUUUGCUUUAUGAUACUGCAAUAAAGUAUCCGGAUAUAUUUUGGCAGUACGAUGAGCUCUUUUCGGGCAAGCUGCAGGAUAUUCUUAUACAAAGAGUGAUAUAUCAAAAGGACAAAGUCAGGCAGUCUCUAGAUGGAUCGAAAGAGCUUAAUUUGGUCUUUGAUUUGGUUAGUCACUGCAACUAUAAAAAGAUAAACAUUAAUCUGAUUAUCUUUCUGGUUUCAUUCUGUAAUUCGCCAAAUUACCUUACUAGAGAGUGCGCAAAGACAUUCUGUAGAAAGGUAGGACAGCAUGCAGACAUAUUCAAAAAAAUUAUAGAAGGGCUGAACUAUCCGCCAGAGCGGUCUCUCCAUGAGAAAGUGUGUAUAGUGGAUUGCGAUUAUAACAGAGUUUUAUUUGGGCUUCAUACGCUGAAUAAUAUGCUGGGGUGUUCUAGCAGCUUUCAUAUAUUUCUGCAGGAGAACCAGAAUAUAUUACCAGAGGCUUCUGGAGUAUCUGGUUUAAUAGAGGUUUAUAUUGAAGAAGGAGAGAAAUCCGGACUCGCAGAUCUAGUAUGCCUAUUGUUUAUGUACUGCACUGCAGAGUAUCAGAGCUCAGAAUUUAUGGGGGCUAUAUACUCUGCAAAUAAGACAACAAAUGAAUUCAUUCUAUGCUAUAUUCGGGAAAUACGAGAAACUUCUGUUAAAAUACUUAGAAGCAUUCUUUGUUCAGAGACUAUUGAAUUCUGGCCGGUGAUACACCAGAGUGUACUGACUUCUCUUCUGCACAGCGCAGUGACUGAGCAGAGCAUUUCAUAUGCUCUUGAUGUGUUUCUGCGGCUAUCCAAGAGUGAGUAUAUUGAUUCAGUAGUGAAUAUGUUUUUAACGGCCAAAUCUAUCAGAAUGGCUCUUAUAACAUACUGUGUAAAAGAAAAAAGAGCAGACAUACUUUUAUCUUUGCUUAAAACAUCUACAGACCUUAUAGAAGAAAUAGUGAAUGCUGAAAGUGCAGGCCGAACGGAAUGUAACAUGCGCCAUGUUGAGUAUAUACUACAACACUGUGUAUAUAUGGACUCUGCCGGGGUGAAAAGCACAUGCUCGCUAACAGACAUUAUACCAAUGAUUAGUGAAGGCCGCAGAAAAGUAUGCUUCUGCGGAAUUGUUUAUUCAGAGAUAUUUACCGACCAAGAUAUAGGUGUUGUGGCGGCUAUACUGCUUAAGCUAUAUGCUAUAUUCAGUGAUAGGCUAGGCAGCCUACGAGUUCAAGAAAAAGAGAUAAACAGUGCUUUGGAAUACGAAUAUGAGAACAAUUUGGAGGUUAUUUCUAGGUAUGUUUUUGCAAUUCACACAAAGUAUAAAAGCAUUCUUGUAGAAGCAGUUUUGGAGGAAUAUAUCACAACCAAAAGGAUUGAUUUUAUUUCUGCCAUUCAUAAAACCAUUGAGCUAGAUGUAUUUUUAGGGCUUCUGGGGAGCGAUCUUAGAGGAAAGUAUCAGCUUUUGCAGAAAUGGACAUUAUACACAGAAAACAGGCUAAUAUUUAUAUCAACCCAGGUGCACACCCACAUUUCCACAAUACUUUCUCAGAUAAAAAUGUAUCCUAAAGUAAGCGAUUUGUUGUGGUUCUGCAUGGAUUAUCUAAAGCUUGUUGGGGCGAGCGCAGGAACUAUUCUAGGAAACAAGAUUCUAGAUGGAUGUGUUGUAUUUUCUGGGAAGCUAGGUCUGAAAAAGACAAUUAUUGAUAGAAUUGAUCAUUCAUCUGAUUUGCUUGAGCUUUUAAACAUUAUUGGCUCUGUUAUAAUGACUGCUGUGGAAAAGGAGUACUCUCUUGAUGUAAUUUCUGUUUGGAACGCAUUAAUAGUUCCCUGCUUCAAAUUCAACUCAGUAAACAGUCUUUAUACCAAAGCGCUGGAAAUCACAAAAUACUUAGUAAAACUGCCCGAAUGCAAGAUAUGCAAGAAAGAGUUCUUUGAGUAUAUUCAGGGAGAAAGAUUCUUCAAAGACACGCUUGAAAAUAUUCGGAUUAAGGUAGAUAUUGGAGCACAGUUAGUGGACUGUGAGAAAGUAUUUGACUUAGUAAUCAGGGCAAACACAACAAGUUUUUUUAUACGAGAGUCAGAUAUUUUAUUCCGUGCAUCUUUAAUUAAAAGGGUCAGAUAUAUGAUUCUGUGUGCACCUUCGGGGGAGUAUGUUGAAAACCUUCCUGGAAUAUUCAGUUUGAUUAGUGAAAUAUUUGCAGUAUCCAGCGGGUGCAAAGCUUUGCUUGUAGAAAUAUUCUCUCUCUGCCGGGUGCUGUGCAUAAAGAUGCCGGUGGACACUCUCAUAAACAUGUGGCCAAUAUCAGUAAGCGAGGCAAUUGACACUCUUUCCUUAAAUGCGCUCUCUAAUGGGAAUAGGUCGAUUGCAUACUCUGCUUUGCAGUUUUUAGACCUGGUUGCAUCUUUGAACUAUCCUGAGCUCAUUGAGUUCCGGUGGCUUGUUGAAAAUCUCCCCAGCACACUAGGCAUGGACUAUGAACCAGAAGAGGGGCAGAGCGAGACUAUUUCAAAGUUUACUAUAACGCACAGAAUUCCAUACAUCUCUACACUUUCAGAGAAAAACAACAUGCCGCUUGACGAAAUGAUAAUACAAGUGGCGCUUCACCAUAUAAAGCAGAGGAACUGUGUAAAUAUGGACUCUACAGCAAUAAUGGACUCUGUGGUGAAUGGUCUUCCAGAGUUAUAGUUUACAGAAAUCCAAAAAACACUUCUCAGAUUAGUGUAAAUUCCGCCUUAGCAUAAAUAAAGA